AAGUGUCACGUGAUCAAAUAGACCAAUCACAGUGAGACAACUUUCACAAAUCGCAAGUUCGACUAUCCAUAGCAGAAGACAAAAGAACCCCUAAAAAUUAUACGAAUUCUUAACUACAGUUGCUUUUAAAAUAAUCCUUCUCAAAAAGUAUAGUCCAAAGAUCAAACAUGUGAGAGAACGAUUAAAGAGAAAAUGUCGUCAAAACGUCCGGUGAAAACCAGCGGUGAUACGCCUGGUAAACCGAAGGCGAAAAGAAGUUUAACUAGAGGAACAAGAAAAUCUCUCUUCUCACAUAAAUCAGAAAAGAAAAUUCCAAGCUUAGUUCCUGAAACAAAUAGUGAGUGGACAACGAAGGAGCUACAGGGUUUGGUCCAGUAUAUUGCCCUUUAUAACCCACUGCAAACAUCAAAUCAAUGGCCAACCACCAAGUACAAGGCCUUUUGGUCCAACUGUGCAGAAGCUGUGCAGCAAUAUUCAAGAAAGUCCAUCAGAACUGGUAAUGCCUGUCGAGCUAAAGCCUUAAGACUUAAGGAUAAAUUUUCAACUAUAGAAGAAGCCGAAGAAAAGUUGAAUAUUGACUAUUUUGAAAAUGAAGGGGAAGGAAUUAAACAAACAAGUGAAACAUUGAAAACACCAAAAGGCUACAAAUGUCCAGAAAGCUGCCUGUCUCCUGUAUUUGCAUGUUCGCCAUCCAGAAGAGAAUCAAAACACUAAUGAUGUGACAGCUGCAAAUGUCAUUGAAGGGAUUGUGAAAAACAAUAACAAACUGACAAAACGACAGAGAGAACAGUUGCUACAAAUAUUGUUCACUCAGUAUGUACAAGGCAUAAAUGACAACAUUCCUUCUAGCUAUGUAACACGUAACUUUGUAGGAAUUGUUGGCAGAGGAAUAUCUACACUUCAUCACGGUGCGAAAGAGAAUCUUUUUUACCACCUAGGGAAAUGUCUAGAAAAGACAGAGAAUGGUUCUACAAGAAUGCCAUUAGAAAGAAUGCCAUUUGGACUUAUAUCUCAUAACUUGAAGUUCUUUAGUGUUGAUAAUGCUGGUACACUAAAGGCUCCAGAU